AGUGAAUCUCUCAAUUGAACAAAUUCAUUCGUAAUCUAUUUGCUCUACACUUUGUUUAUUUUUUUAUUAAUUAAUCGGAUGAAUCAAAUAAUCGGUGGUCUGUGAUAACUACAACAGAUAGAGAUAAAGGAAAGGAAAAAAGUCAGCGGAGAUAACAAAGUUUAACAAUUGAAUUAUGCAUCUUUAGUUUGUGGACAAAUGUUUCCAAACAAUUUUUCGUAUUGUUUCAUCCCCUAUUUUCACAAACUAUUUGGCUCGGAAAGAUUACCGCAUCACUCUGUAACCAACGAUACCCCUUGAUACUCCUCUCCAGCGAACUACACACCAUGAAUUUCUUCAGGUUACAAAAGCUUUUGGGCCAAUUUACUCUGGUGAAUUUCCAUUUGCGAAUUAUGUUCCUGAUGCUGGUGGUUCUGUGCUUGAUCGGAGUCUUAUUUAAUUUAUAUAAAAGGACGGAUUUGACUCCAUGUUUUAUGGACUCGCCGUUUGAGAAUAACUCAAGCAAACUUGAAGAUGUUCUGUUCUCAAGAGUGCAGCCUGAUCCAGGUAGAAGUAUAUUUUUUCAUGAAACGACAUGUCCACACCUGUCCUCAAUGCAGCGGUCUGAUGUUUACGGAGAAGGUGUUCAUUUAAAUGUUGUAAAACUCAAUCCCAGGCAGGCCUGUGCAAUCGAAUCCGCAGCUAUUCACAACCCAUCGAGCAAAGUGUUCGUACUGUUUGCUAGUCCUCGCUUUAAGAACUCAAAUUCCAGUGAUCCCAUCAUAGAUGCCAUUCUGUCGUACAAAAAUGUUUACCUAAGAAAUCUCAAUCUGUGGACAUAUGCCGCUGGAACCCCCGUCUACGAUCUAUUAAAAGAUGGUGCUCUAUUCAAGUCGUACUAUGUCUUGUCUCACAUUUCGGAUAUAUGUCGAUAUCUGACUUUGUGGCGCUGGGGUGGAACUUAUCUGGACAUGGAUGUUGUUAUGCUGCGUUCGAUGGAAGAUGUGCCGCCCAACUACACGGGAGCCGAAUCCAAUACUCAUUUGGCGGCGGGUGUAAUGAAUUUUGCUCAUGACGGGUUUGGCCAUGAAAUUGCCGAGGAAUGUCUGCUGGACUUGCAGCAUAACUUCGACGGUUCCAACUGGGGCAAUAAUGGUCCCGGGGUAAUCACUCGUGUGAUGAAACGCAUUUGUCAGACAAGCAACAUUGAAGUGAUGCAGGACAACACCAAACGUUGCAUGGGAUUUAGGGUAUUCCCUAUAGAGGCUUUCUAUGCCAUUCCGUGGCCGGAAUGGAGCAACUUUUUCGAAUCGAAUUUACUGGAGGAGACAAUGACCCGCCUCAAAAAUUCGUAUGUAGCCCAUGUUUGGAAUAAACACUCAACAAAGCGACAAAUAAAAACAGAUUCAAACUGUGCCUAUAGUGUUUUGGCCAGAACACAUUGUCCCCGAGUCUUUAAAGCUGCUGGUGAAUAUUUCUAGCCCAACGUAUUUACCCGACACAAACGUAUUUUGUACUUUUUACAUGUCGCUUACUAAUAAGAAUCUCAGCACAAAUCGUCAACUAGCUAAUGUAGUUCAUUUCUUAUUGGAAAUCCCUUUCCUAGCUCUUAUCUCCGCACAUAAUUCUAAUACAUACCAAAGCAUUUUUUAUAUAACACAAAUCAUUUUAUACACCGCAUGAUGUCAUGCAAAUAGGACGUAUUAUAUAUAUAUAUUUAUUUAAUUAUGAGUUUACCUGUUUACGUGUAUGUGUACCAAUAAUCAUAGUCGGUAUAGUAUUCCCAUAUAAAACGAACAAAUCAAAUACAAUAAAGAAUUGUAGUGAACAAUUAUAGAAAAUAAAAA